UUUGUGAAGGACAACUCGGAGAUAGAAAACAGCAUCGGGGGGCAUAACCAAUGGCAGAUGAAGGGGCAAGUGAUGCUUCAAGUGAUUCAAGCAACACUUUCUGGGAUUUGGCCACUUGUGCUGCUACUGUGGCAGCAUAUGCGGCCGAAAAUCCUAAUGCAAUGGCCAUGGAUAGCCAAAUGCAAGCGGCACCUGUGGCCUUCGAAGUGCACGAGGCUACUGGGCGAGAAUGGGUGGAAGCUAGUUUGAGGGACCCAUGGAGAUGCUAUGAGAAUUUCCGUAUGAACAGCGAGACAUUUCAUAAGCUGCAUAAAAUUCUAGUUGUCAACCAUGGGCUGCAGUCUACUCGAGAGUUCGGGUCCAUAGAGGCUUUAAGCAUGUUCCUAUGGGCAUGCGGGCACAAGCAAUGCAUGCGACAGGUGAAAGAAAGACUUCGUAGGGCAUUGGGAACAGUAAGCCAGAAGUUCGGGGAAGUGUUGCGUGCUAUGGUGUCAUUUGCAGAUACAGUGAUUAUGCCAAAGGAUCCGACUUAUAUCACAGUGCAUCCGGCUUUGCGGACGUACUCACCUUUGUUCGACGGAUGCAUAGGCGCUAUAGAUGGAACACACGUACCUGUGUGUGUUUCUCGAAGGUCACAUGAUGAUUACCUCAACAGGAAAGGUUGGCCAAGCCAGAAUGUUUUAGCUGUAGUUGACUUUGACAUGAGGUUCACAUUUAUUGGAGUGGGGAUGGCGGGAGCUGUGCACGACAUGGCAGUGCUUAGGGAGGGGUGGACGGCUCGAACAUUCCCUCACCCACCACCAGGAAGAUAUUAUUUGGUGGACUCAGGGUAUGCCAAAGAGCGUGGGUAUUUGGGACCGCAUCGCCACAACAGAUACUGGAAGGAGGAGUUCAAAUAUAGGGGUCCUGAGCAUUUGCAAGAGUUGUUCAACUACCAUCAUUCGAAACUGCCUAAUGUGGUUGAAAGGACAUUUGGGGUCGCCAAAAAUAAGUGGCAAAUGUUGAAAGUCGGUCCGAUGCUGGUACCUCCACUAAGUGAGUAUUCCAAUCAGUGGGUUGAGUCAAAUGCGGAAGAUGACAUGGUAACUCUCCGUGAUUGGAUUACUACUUGACUUGGAGUAAUGGGGUUCGGGCUUAGAUGAUCUGCAGUGGAACCUGGAAUGAAGGAGAAGCACAGGACAAUGUUUAUUUUGGUCCCUACGGUUUCAUGAAGUUGGAUGUGCCUGUAUGUUGGCUUAUUUUGGUACGGAGGGGUUCAUGAAGUUUGGAUUUGUGACUGUAGUGCAUAAUGCACAACCACUUGGCAAUUUGGUAAUUGGCUGACCUUCAUUCGGUUGUAUGAAUACAUGAUGAUAAAACUGGUGAUUGCUAACUAAUUUGGGUGCAAAUUUUGCACCAGAAGUAGGCGCCAAAA